AUGGCGGAGGUGCGGCAACAGCAGAGUAGCGGGGUUGUCAGCGAGGUCGUCGAGUACCUUCAGCUGGCAGGGCAGCGCUACCGCGAGCACGUAGAGCUCCUCCGGCAGGAGCAGGCGGUGCGCGAUGCCCAGCAUGCGCCGUUCAAACCCAGCGUAUCUUUGUAUGCCAAGCGGGUGGGCAAGAAUUCUCUGGCGCGGCAGUCGUCGUCCAUCGGCGCGCGCCUGCACGAGCUUCAUCAAAAGAAGCUCGCACUCUUAGAGGAAGAGGCGCAAGAGGAGGCGAAGCGGCGCGCGGCGGCCGAGGCGAAGGACUGCCCUUUCUCUCCCGCCGUCACGACACGCGCAGCGCGGUCUCGUCGCACCGGGGGCGACGUCACAGCGGCUCUCAUGCAAUGGGAAGAACAGCGUCGCGCCCGCCAAGCCCGGGCACAGGUGGAGGCAACACGCAACGAGCUCAGCAAGGUAUCUGCCGCGCCACGCAUCACGGCGUACGCAGAGGAGAAAGCGAGGGCCGAGCGCCGCGGCGUUUCGGUGGAGGUGUCCCUGACCGCUGAGGCUGAGGCACGGCGACAGCGCCGUCACGCUGCGUUCGAAAAGACGUACCCUGCUGCCUCCUCCUCCAACAGCGGUGCCACCUCAGCGAGACGCUUCUCCCCUUCCAUCUCGGCCUACGCCUCGCGGAUCGAAUUCGAAGAGGAUGUGGUAAGUCGCCUAUACGAGCGCCACGGCAGCCGUGGCCACUUGGCGCCGCGCGACAGCCUGUACGACGAGGAGGUCUCCCUCUACUGCACCUUCCACCCCAAGCUCUCCGCCCAAUCAGCGGAGCUGUCACGACGGUACUACGAGGAGGAAGGCGAGGCGGACACAGACCCGCACGAGCGGCUUUUCCGCAACACGCACCACGCGUCCAAGUACCGGAAGCCGGUGCAGCUGAGCGUCUUCACCGGACAACCGGAGAUAAGCGACGGGUCGCGGCGCAUAGUGGAGGAGCGGCGUCGGCAACUAGCGCUGGAUGGGCAGCCGGGGGCACUGGGUCUCAGUCCGGGUAGCCGCCUAUGUCCGGGAACCGCCAGUGUCGCUGCGGCACCGGCGGCAAAGACGUUCAAGAAGAAAGUUUUGUCGGCUCGGGAUACCGAGGCGCAGGAAACGCUGACCUUCACCCCCUCUGUGAGCCCCGCAUCGGAAGCGCUGUGGCGUCAGCGGGUGUCGGCCCUGAAGGCGAGCGGUGUGGCUCACAACACCGAGGAGGCGCGGCAGCUACUGUGGCGCAAGGCGGAAAAGCGCAAAGAGGAGGAAGUGCGGAAGUUGCAGGACCAGCGACGGCGGAAAGACGCUGCAGAGUGCACCUUCCGGCCCAAGGCUGGACGGCCACCGCAGCGCAGCUCCGGCUACGUGGCGAUGCCUGUCGAAGCCCGAGCAGCGGUGUGGGCGCAGCAGCGUGACCGCCACCUCGCCGAUCUGCGCACCGAACUCAGCGAGAUGAUAGUCGAGGAGUGCACGUUUCGGCCUCACGUUGAUCCGGUCUUCCCGCUUCCCCGUGGUGACGCUAAACCAGCGUGGGGUGUGGAGGCAUUCCUGGAGCGGCAGGCGGAGGCCCGGCGGCGGCGGGAGGAGGCGAAGCAGUGGUGGCGGCCAAAGUACGCACGAGCGCCAGUGGCCCAAAUCUCGCGUGUCUCUCGCUCGUCCUCGCCGUCCAGCCGCGGCGCCAGCCAGCCUUCGACUCAGAGGACAGCAAGUGCUUCGCGCAGGAGCGCCGCCAACAGCACUGCGUCUGAGGCAGAGGGCGAUGAGGGAGAGGAAGAGGGGGUAUUCGAGCAGCACUGGGCACGUCCACCAGCAACCACCUCUUUGACCGCAUCUUCAUUCUCGCGAGUGUCGCAGCAGGAAGUGCCAUCGGCAGAGUCGUCGCCGUCCUACGCGGCGCAGCAGCAGCCAAGCACCCUCUUCCCGUACACGGUCGACAUCUCACGGAGAGGACCGUAUCAGUGGCGCCCAACGACGGCCGCCGGCGCUUCAGAGCCCGCUGCCGAGGAGGGCGGCAAUCACACCUCCGCGUCCCUCUCGUGGCGUAAGCCGCUCCGCUACCGUUCGAUUUCUGAGACAGCGACCGCGCCGUGUGGGCGGUCGUCUGUGUUGUGA